AUGUCUUCUGUUCAUGUUGUGGUGUUCCUCACCUCCUUUCUUUCUUCUGUUCACUUCCCAGGAUCCCGUCUGCGUCAGGAGGACUCCCAACCCCGGAUCGCGGAGCACCCCUCUGACUUGAUCGUGUCCAAAGGGGAGCCGGCCACCCUCAACUGCAAGGCAGAGGGGCGGCCCAGCCCCACGGUGGAGUGGUACAAGGACGGGGAGCGGGUGGAAACGGACAAAGACGACCCGCGGUCUCACCGCAUGCUGCUGCCCAGCGGCUCCCUCUUCUUUCUACGGAUCGUCCACGGACGACGCUCCAAACCGGAUGAGGGCUCCUACGUCUGCGUCGCCCGCAACUACCUGGGAGAAGCCGUCAGUCGCAAUGCGUCCUUGGAAGUAGCAUUGCUGCGUGAUGACUUCCGACAGAACCCUACAGACGUGGUGGUGGCAGCGGGGGAACCGGCCAUCCUGGAGUGUAUCCCGCCUAGAGGUCACCCUGAACCAACCAUCUACUGGAAGAAGGACAAAGUACGCAUCGAAGACAAGGAGGACAGGAUUACAAUCCGAGGAGGGAAGCUGAUGAUCUCCAACACCAGGAAGAGUGAUGCUGGCAUGUUCAUCUGUGUUGGCACAAACAUGGUGGGAGAGAGAGACAGUGAGACGGCCCAGCUGACUGUGUUUGAGCGUCCCACCUUCCUGCGUCGGCCCAUCAACCAAGUGGUCCUGGAGGAGGAGGGGGUAGAGUUCAGGUGCCAGGUGCAGGGAGACCCCCAGCCCAACGUACGCUGGAGGAAGAAUGAUGUUGAUGUGCCCCGUGGGAGGUACGAGAUCAAGUAUGACAAGGAGGACUACCUGCUGAGAGUGAAGAAGGCAUCGGCCAGUGACGAGGGCACCUUCACCUGCCUGGCAGAGAACCGGGUGGGCAAGGUGGAGGCCUCUGCCAGCCUCACCGUCAGAGCUCGCCCUGUCGCUGCACCCCAGUUUAUCAUCAGGCCGCGGGACCAGAUCGUGGCCCAGGGUCGCACCGCCACCUUCCCCUGUGAGACCAAGGGCAACCCCCAGCCUGCAGUCUUCUGGCAGAAGGAGGGUAGCCAGAACCUGCUGUUUCCCAACCAGCCCCAGCAGCCCAACAGUCGCUUCUCUGUGUCCUCCAGUGGAGACCUGACCAUCUCGGCUGUACAGCGGGCAGACGCAGGCUACUACAUCUGCCAGGCCCUGACCGUGGCUGGCAGCAUCCUCGCCAAGGCCCAACUGGAGGUCACAGAUGUGCUGACAGACAGGCCACCGCCCAUCAUCCGUCGGGGACCGUCCAAUCAGACACUGAGGGUGGACAGCGUGGCCCUUCUGAAGUGCCAGGCGUCAGGAGACCCCAUCCCCUCUAUCAGCUGGCUGAAGGACGGGGUCAGUCUGCUGGGGAAGGAUCCCCGCAUGUCCCUGCAGGACCUGGGCAGCCUCCAGAUGAGGAGCCUCAGGCUCUCUGACUCUGGGAUCUACACCUGUGUGGCUGCCAGCUCCAGUGGAGAGACAUCAUGGAGCGCCUUCCUGGAGGUCAAAGACCAAGCUGGGGUGAUGGUCAUUAAGAACCGGGAUGACAAUGAGCUCCCUGGCCCUCCCUCCAAACCCCAGGUCACUGACGUCACCAAGAACAGCGUCUCAUUGUCUUGGCAACCCGGCCUGGCUGGGGCCACGCCCAUCUCCUCUUUUGUCAUCGAAGCCUUCAGCCAGUCGGUGAGCAACAGUUGGCAGACGGUUGCGGACCACGUGAAGACCACGCAGUACACGGUCAAAGGACUGCGCCCCAACACCAUCUACCUGUUCAUGGUACGGGCGGUCAACACCCAGGGCCUCAGUGACCCCAGCCCCAUGUCAGAGCCCGUCAGGACACAAGACAUCAGUCCUCCAGCCCAGGGAGUGGACCACAGGCAUGUGCAGAAAGAGCUGGGGGAGGUCAUAGUUCGUCUGCACAACCCGGUCGUCCUGAGCCCCACCACCAUUCAGGUCACUUGGACGGUGGACCGUCAGUCUCAGUUCAUCCAGGGAUACAGAGUUCUGUACAGGCAGACAUCUGGCAUGUUUUCCCCAGGACCCUGGCAGACCCAGGAUGUGAAGGUCCCCUCUGAGCGCAGUGUGGUCCUCUCCAACCUCAAGAAAGGCAUUGUCUAUGAGAUCAAGGUCCGGCCCUACUUCAAUGAGUUCCAGGGCAUGGACAGUGAGUCCAGGUCGGCUCGCACCACAGAGGAAGCUCCCAGUGCCCCUCCCCUGCAGGUUACAGUCCUGACGGUGGGCAACCAGAACAGCACCUCCAUCAGCAUCUCCUGGGACCCCCCUCCUUCAGAACACCAGAACGGCAUCAUCCAGGAGUACAAGAUCUGGUGCCUAGGGAAUGAGACACGCUUCCACGUGAAUAAGACAGUGGAUGCAGCCAUCCGGUCGGUGGGUGGGGGGCUUCAAGUGGGGGUGCUGUAUCGGGUGGAGGUGGCUGCCAGCACCAGUGCAGGGGUGGGGGUCAAGAGUGAACCUCAACCUAUUGUCAUUGGUAAGGACUUCCGUGACGUGAUCAUAAGUGGGAACAGGAACAACAGCAUCACGGAGCAGAUCACAGACGUGGUGAAGCAGCCAGCGUUCAUAGCGGGGAUCGGAGGGGCCUGCUGGGUUAUCCUCAUGGGCUUCAGUAUCUGGCUGUACUGGAGGAGGAAGAAGAGGAAGGGGCUCAGCAACUACGCAGUGACGUUCCAGCGUGUUGACGGGGGUCUGAUGAGCAAUGGAAGCCGACCAGGCCUGCUGAAUGCCAGUGACGCAGGCUACCCGUGGCUGGCUGACUCCUGGCCUGCAACCAGCCUGCCUGUCAAUAGUGGCUCCGGGGGACCCAACGACCUCAGUAACUUUGGCAGAGGAGACACCAGUAGUAAUGGGGAUAAGAGCGGCACCAUGCUGUCUGACGGAGCCAUCUAUAGCAGUAUAGACUUCACCACCAAGGCUAACUACAACAGCCCCAGCCAGGGCUCCCAGGGAGCCACCCCCUAUGCCACCACACAGAUCCUCCACUCCAGUAGCAUCCAUGAGCUGGCCGUGGACCUCCCCGAGGCCCAGUGGAAGGCCUCCAUCCAGGCCAAACAGGAGAUGGCCAACCUGGGGUACUCCCUGCCUGACAAGAACUCCUGCAACAACACACUCCUUUUCAUUCCUGACUACCGAUUGGCCGAGGGAUUGUCUAAUAGAAUGCCACACAACCAAUCACAAGAUUUCAGCACCACCAGCUCUCACAACAGCUCAGACCGAAGCGGCAGCCUAUCAGGUGGUAAGGGGGGUAAGAAGAAGAAGGCCAAGGUUGGCACCAAACCCACCAAGACUAACGGCUCUAACUGGGCCAACGUGGCCCUGCCCCCUCCCCCUCUACACCCUCUCCCUGGCACCGAGAUGGACCACUACCCCAACGAGCACUAUGAAGGAGUAGGAUAUGAGAGUGAUGGCUGGGGUCCUCCCAUGCCCGUGCAGACCUACCUCCACCAGGGAAUGGAGGAUGAGCUAGAGGAGGAGGAAGAGAGGGUCCCCACCCCACCCAUUCGUGGCGUGGCUUCGUCCCCAGCAGCGGUGUCCUUCGGCCAGCAGUCCACGGCCACCCUUACCCCCUCUCCCCGGGAGGAGCUGCAGCCCAUGCUCCAGGCCCACCUGGAUGAGAUCACCCGUGCCUACCAACUAGACAUGGCCAAACAGACAUGGCUCAUGCAGGGUGGCUCCCUCCCCCCUCUCCCUCCCCAGGCCCCCGCCCCUCCAGUGGGGUACGUGUCCAGCACCCUGGUGUCUGACCUGGAGACUGACAUCCCUGACGAGGAUGAGGAGGAUGAGGAAGAGGAGGAGGAGGAAGGCUAUGAGAUGUCCAGGCCUCUCUAUGGUAUUGAGCACACGCCGGGGUCCAGCAUGGACAACCUAGACAGCUCCGUAACAGGGUCCAUGGUUAACGGCUGGGGGUCAGCCUCAGAGGAAGAUGACCGUCACUACUCCAGCCACAGGUCCAGUGUGGGCAGCUCCUCUGAUGGAUCCCUCUACACCCACUGUAGCUUCGCCCAGGCCCUGGUGGCAGCCGCUGACAAGGCAGGCUACCACCUGGAGGGCACCAGCCUGGCCAAGAGAGGUAAAGGGCUGUCCCACCGGACCCGGCCCAGCAGUCCCUUCUCUACAGAUGGCAGCACUGUGGGCACACAUAGCCUGGGCCACCAGAGGGCUGCCCGGCCCACCCGCAAGCCCCGGGGACAGGGCACGGUGCCCCACAGGAGAGACGCCAGUGCAGACGACCUACCUCCUCCCCCUGACCCCCCGCCCAUCCAGGGACCAGGUUAUAUCCAGGGGGCCCGUAGUGUAGGCGGAAUGGGCCCCCCAGCCGAGAGACAGGCAUCGUCCCUGGAGCGCCAGCCCAUGUGUGGCGCCAUGCCCCUGUCUGGGCUGGAGGAGAUGAAGAGCUGCAUGGACAGACAGACACGCACCUCUCUGGAGCGGCACCACCAGGCCCAGGACAGACUAGCAUCCAUGGACCGAGGAGACGACCCACGCAGGGGACACAAAACAGAAGCGGGGUGCCUGCCCCCCUACAGUAAACCCUCGUUCCCCUCCCCCGGGGGCCACAGCUCCUCUGGGACAGCCUCCUCCAAGGGCUCCACGGGGCCACGCAAGAGAGAGGGGCCUCGAGGGCCACACCAACGGGCUGCCACAGACCACAGCGACUACCUGGGGACCAACGGACCUGGACAUUACGCAGGCGAGUUAUAGUGACCUGCCUGCAGUAGGAUCUGAACUGAACUGGAGAAAGCCUCGUCGUCCUCAUCAGAAUGAAGCCUCACCCGACUGGUGCAAUGAACUUUGUCUUUCUUUGUGUAUUAUCAGAGGAGAGGAGCAGGAAGAUGACGAUGAUGACCACCAUAACAGAACUGUAAAUGUGAUGUAUAAACACAGACUUACAUACGGUACAUCCCACUAUGUUGUUGUCCUCAACUCAAUUAUUUCUCACCUCCCACCUUUAUUUUUUUUCAGUCAGACAAUAGCAACUAAACAAAACAGUUAAAACGUCUAUAUGAGAAAACUCAUUUUCAAAAUAACCUUACUUGGGGAAAAAAUGGAAUCUUGUUUCCUGUAAAUAGAUUCUUUACGUUGUUGUUGCAUUGCUAUGCAAGCCUACUUCAGUUUUAGCGUCCUCUUGGUUAUAUCUAGUCAUUUGUAUUAUAUUUGAAUUGAUAGGCUGUUGUGCCAUAAAAUAAUUGUUUUAUAAUCCAUCAUUUGUUAAUAGCUAUCAUUGAUUCAUUAUUAUAAUUAUUAUUAUUAAUUAUUGUUUUUUUGCACUGUGAUUUUUGGUGAUAAGCACAAAAGCAUAGCUCCUACUGACAGGAAGAAAAGGACCAACAUUUGAAGAGGAGUUUCUGUAGAGAGAUGAGAAAUUAUAUACUAAUGUACAGAGAGAUAUUAAAGAGUGAGGGGCUGCUUAUGGACAGCAACUAAAUGGAUGCCCAUUCCCAAGUUAGGACUAAUCAGAAAGAAGAUGGGGUUUGUUAGUGUCUUUGAGGUAGGGGGCCAGAGAAGAGGCAGAAAGGGGAGGCUUGUUCAAUGUGUACAGAGGCUAUGAGCAAGAUGAUGACUUGUCUCUCCUCUAACUAUGAGUUGAUUAUUGGAUUAGCUUCGAUCCUACAUAAUCUGAUUCUAUUGUAAACCGUAUAGUCCUACAAAUGGGCUGAUAUAGACUUGUUAGAGCUGGCAGUUGUGAGGCUGUCCAAGCAUUGUCUUGUUUUCAGAACUUAACACAGCCACAAUGGGCUGAUAUAGACUUGUUAGAGCUGGCAGUUGUGAGGCUGUCCAAGCAUGGUCUUGUUUUCAGAACAUAACACAGCCACAAUGGGCUGAUAUAGACUUGUUAGAGCUGGCAGUUGUGAGGCUGUCCAAGCAUUGUCUUGUUUUCAGAACAUAACACAGCCACAAUGGACGUCUAGCUGGACCCUCAUCUUCAUUCCAGCGUUUGAACACAAUUUAUUUGAUUCUAUCUUCAUCUCAUCUUCUUUGAUUCUAUUUUCCAUUGAAUUCUAGAGUUUUUGUUUUCAUCCGAAGAUCAUUUGUAUAAUCCGUUUGUAUAAUCUGAAGCAACAGCACUUAAAAUACACUAUGAAGAGCCUCAAAGCCAUGGUUCAGAAGGUCUAAUCUAUAAUCUAACACUGACAAAGGACUUCCUUUUGAUCAUCCCUUCCUUUUGAUAAACUCUGGAUUGGGUUGAACCCAGUUGUAGAAAUAACUAAUAUUGAUACUAAAGGAUUUCUCUAUUGCCAGGAAAGAAGAUUUAGGAUAGGUCCUUUUUUUUGUCCAAAAGUCAACAUUUUAUUUUGUCAUCCAUUUUAAAUUAUGUUUUCUUAAUUUAGAGCACUCAAUGUACUCCACAUCCAUGGCAUCCCAUGGAAAACAACACAGUGGCCUGUUUUGUAUCUGUUUCAGUCGGAGCACUGCAGUCCCUACCCUGAAGUAUGGUACUGUGUUCUGAUUAGCAUACAAUAGAGCACUAACUAGACUCCCCAUUGGGACUCAAAUUCCCAGAAUGCAUCAGAUAGUGGAGAGGAAGGCAGGUAGAGUACAGUCAGAAUGGAGAAGAGCCACCUGCAGUAGCAGAUCCCACAGCCUCUGUCUCUACAGCAUAGACCACUACUUUCUAUCUGCCUAACUGUCACAACACGUGUUCCUUCUGCCGGCCGCGUGGAACUAUUCAGCCUCAGAUGUUCAAUUUGUAUCUUUUCAAACAAUGUUCUUAUCCUUUUUUUUUAAAGCCUGUUUCUUUGUAUGCCUUUUAUGGACUUAAAAGUACUGCUUAAUAAUGUUUUCAAAAUCAACGUUCACAAUUUUACUGGUUCAGUGUUUCUUUUGUGUCUUCUUUAGUAGUGCUUAAUGUUGAUAAAAGGAGAGCUGGAAACUGAAGGCGUUGUCAGAUAUGCUGUUGUACUGUCACGUUUAUGUCACUGUCAUAUCAUAUCAUCAACCUAGUGGCCAGUGUUCUGGAAAUGAGGUGCAAGGAGUAUCUCAGGUUAUUUUACAUUCUGGCGGUGUUCAUGUAUGUGUGUAUAUAUGUGUAUAUAUUCAUAUGCAUCUCCACUCAGUUAUUUCAUUCCAGUUUCAUUGCUGAAAGAUAUCCCCCUUUUAUGUACGAUGCUGUCCUGUUUCAUUUAUUUUCGCCAGUGGUUUUAAUUUCAAGUUUAAAGUGCUGGUCCAUCCACCUUAAGGCAAGAUGUCAGUAACAGAACAUACCAAAUUAAUAUCGAUAUUUCUAAUGUCUAAUGCGUUUUUGUCUUUUUAAUACUCAUGGUUUUCCUUUAAAUCACUGUGCUGUUGUUUUGUAUUUAUUAAAAUGAUAAUAAAAAGGUAUAUUGUGAAAUAUGCAUAAAGAUUUGUGGAAUAUUAAAAGAAAUGUCUUUUUUUUCUGUUGGAGAAGGCCCGGGGAUGGGCAACUCCAGUCCUCAGGGGUGGAGUGCUGCCACACUUUGUCCCCAUCCCUAGCAGCUGAUGAAAAUAAUUGCAUUCAAAACUGAAACAUGAUUGGUUGAUCAUUGGAGUCAGGUGUGUUAGUGGGGGCUGAGGCAAAAGUGUGACACCAAUCAGGCCCCCUGAGGACUGGAGUUGCCCAUCCCUGAGCUAGGCCAAAAGGACUUGAUGGUCUCUCCAGGUGCAAUGCUGAGUCAUUAGUUGUCAGAGAUACCCGAGUCACUCGGUCCUGCAUGUUAUCUACUCUACUGCUUCCUCUCAUCUCAAAACAAAAGAAACUAAAACCUUUUCUAAACACAAACAGCGAUAUGUUCCUCAUUUGCUUGAUACGACAAUAGAUACAAAUGUUCUUUUUUGGGAGGUUGAUAAGUACUUUCCCUCUCUUUUGUUACUUUUCUCAGUAUUGUUGGAUCUGUGUGUUGCCUUUUUGCAAAAAAAGAGGAUUAAAGAAAGGCAAAAAUA